AUGGCUUCACGAAAGGUCCCCCAGCCGCUGACGCUGCCCAACCCAACCAUCGUCAGUAAUGAGCACGAAUUUAUCGACAAUCCCAAAUCUCCUCUGAGCCCUAAGUCUCCGAGAUCACCCAGGUCCCCUUUCAGAUUCAACUCGAAGAAGUCACAAAGUGACUUUCCGUCCAUCGAAGCGGCCGAAUCGCAACAAAUCCCAAACUUUUCUGCAUCUCAGACGAGUCCCUCCUUUUCCACACUACAACAGAAUACGGGCACACAAGAGAAGGAAAAGGAACGCCCUUCCCGGAGUGGGUUCUUCUCCAACUAUAAGGCCUCGAAAAGUUCGAGUCGUCUGCAGGACAAAGACGCUGCUGCUGCCAAACAGGAGGAGAGUAUGUCGAGAGACACAGACCACCCUGCUAUGUCCGGAAAAGUUUCAACAAAGGAAACUGCGAGAACUGGUACGACUUCUACCGUUUCGUCUCUUUGUCUUCCUGAACUUACCUCUGAUGUGCCACUAGACAGCAAUCUGGACAAGUCAGUCACUCGAAGGCCAGUUGGUGGGCCCGCGAGAUCAGACGCCUCACUCGAUUCAACUGGGGAGUUUACCGCCGGUCAACAGCAAGCCACUAAUACGGUUACGAAGAAGGGCAAACCAAAGCCUUUCAGCAUACUCUCUCGCACAAGAUCAAUCCGCGACGGAGAGAGUCCUCGUGAACCAUCGCCCAAGAGUAGUAUUGCCGAGCCUGAACCCACGUACUCGCCGGAGACUUCUCUGAAAACCGCACCACUUCCAAUAGAUCACGACCGCUCUUUCAGACACAUGAUGAACUCCUCAAUUCGACAGAGAUCCGAGGAUCGACAACCUACAAUGCCUCGAGAUAGGUCGCAAGAGAAAGGUCCGAAGGAGGGCAGCAAGCUCAAAGGCUCGAGAGACAACAGCAGAUCGCAGACAACGAGGGAGCCAAAUCCAAACAAGAGAUCCGAUACCUCCUUCUCGAAUUCGUUCAAAGAAAGCAGUGGACAUGCGUUCCUAAGUAACCUGAAGACAUCCGCGACUAAGGGUGCGGGAGCAUUGAGCAAGGGUCUGUUUGGAAAGGGCAGAACGAACAGCACAAAUGAGAAGGAGCCUGUGAUUGACGAUGAGCACUACCAGCUAAAGGUUCUGAAUCUACCACUUGUUGAACAGACGCGCAAGACAAGGAUCUCAAAGAAAUUGGAGGAGUCGCGUGAUAAGACAGAGUUCUGGAUGCCCGCUUUUCCAUGGAGAGCUAUCGACUACUUGAACUACAAGGGUAGCGAUGUUGAGGGUCUUUACAGAGUUCCGGGUAGUACACCUGAAAUUAAGAAGUGGCAAAGAAAGUUUGAUGAAGAAUAUGAUGUCGACCUGUUCGAACAAAGCGAUCUCUACGAUAUCAACAUCAUUGGCUCUAUGCUAAAGGCUUGGCUUCGCGAACUUCAAGACGAACUUCUGCCCAAAGCUGUUCAAGAUCGUAUCUCUCGGGAAUGUGCCGGCGCGGAAGAGGUCCCGCAGAUGCUCAUCGACGAACUUUCUAACCUGUCACCUUUCAACUACUAUCUGCUCUUCGCCAUAACGUGCCACCUCUCAUUACUGCUUGCCCACUCCGACAAGAACAAGAUGGACUACCGAAACUUAUGCAUUUGCUUCCAGCCUUGCAUGAAGAUCGAUGCUUUCUGCUUCAAAUUCCUCGUUUGCAAUUGGAGAGAAUGUUGGAAAGGUUGCAAGAACGAGGCUCAAUAUAUUGAGCAAGAGUAUAUGCUGUUCAACCAGGUUGACAUGAUGGUUCCUCCAUCAAGCGCUGAAGGUCGUAGCAGCACCGCAGUCGAGAGCCAUGAUGAGCGUAACGUCUCGUCCUCUGAUAGUAGCAAGCCUAGCAGCAUCGACAACUCGAACCAAAAGGCAGGCGGUGCCCAGCACAAGAAACUCCCCUUGAGUCAGACAUCGAACGCUUCCGUCAGCACUACCUUGACCGUUGUUGAGGAACGAUCUCGGUCUCGAUCUCAGACUAGAACAAGUUCAUCAGACAUGCGUCCACUCAGUCCUAUAAAGCCACUGAGCCCGCUUGGCUUCUGA